ACUAGCUAUAAACUUGCAUAUCUGGCAUGGCAAAUUGCUGUGAAGGGAUUGGAUAUGAAGAAGUAGCUUGUGAGGUAUUAUAGACUUGAAAUACAAAAAUGUUUGUCCUAUUUCCUAUAAUGUCUCCGCAUUGUCUUACGCUGAAAAGUUGAUGAUAGAUCUUAACUUAUGAAAUAAAAUUAAGGUAAGGGCUAGUUGUCAAGGCACCUAUUGAUGAAUCUUAGGUAACAAAUUGAGGUCACACCAACCUAUCCGUCAAUGAUGUCCUUUAGGAUGGGGAUAGAGCAAUAGAGUACAACAAAAGCAAAAAUUAAGAGCGACAAUGAAUUCAUUCAUGUAGUCCAAGUUCUGACUGCCCACUGCCACCCAUUCGGAUUGGAUGGAUUUGUCUGCCCGUUGGUUUCAACAUCCUUCUAUUCUCUGCAUUUACUACGAUUUACCAUCAUCUGGGUUUCCAGAUUGGUUGCCAACUUUAAUACCCAGCUGAAGGGAAGACUGAAAUGAUUGGAAAGGAAUGAGAAAAACCAUGAAUAGAAAAUGAUCCCAUCUCAGGUAGCUGUCCUUGGAACCAUUUAUGGACGUGUUAAGUUUGGCAUUGUGAUAAAUCAUCAGUGGAUGAUGUUGAGGCCAUCUAUUAUUUUAUCAGAACCCCACAUUUGAGCAUUAAGUAUUGGUGGGGGUGUUCUACAAUUGGUUGUGGGAUCAGAUCAGGACAACAUUAACAUUUGGAGAAGAAAUGACAAACAAAUCAUCGCCAUGCUCUUCACAUUGCCAACAAGCUCUUCCUGAGCUAAAACUGUACCAAGCCUUCAUUUUUUCAAUACCCAUUCUGUUCACACUGGUUCUUUUAUUGCUCUUCUACAUGCUGUACUUAAGGAGGAGGAGGAGAACUGCAUGGAUAGCUUCACAAAUAAGGACUCCAUAUCAAGACAGAGGAUUCAUCACUGUGCCCUCAGAACGUGGGUUGAAGAAGGAGUUCAGAGAUAUGUUACCUAUAAUGAUCUUCAAUCAAAGCUUCUCGAAAGAGGACACACAAUGUGCUGUUUGUCUAGGGGAUUAUGAGAUGAAUGAGAAAUUACAAAAGCUACCUGUCUGUGGGCAUGCCUUUCACUUUGAGUGCAUUGAUCAUUGGCUUGCAAACAACACCACAUGCCCACUUUGUAGGACUUCACUUCUCCAAGCUGGUAAAGUUGUUCCUUUGGAUUCACCGGCACAUGUUACAGUACUCCAGCAGACUCAUGACUUUGUACCAGCUUCAUCUUCACAGCAAGUGUUUCCUCUUCAAGAUAUAGCUGUUCAAGAAGGGCCAUUUCCUCUUCAAGAUAUAGCUGUUCAAGAAGGGCCUGAUAUGCUCAGUAUUCCACUAGAGGAAAACAUUAGAACUAUCAGUGGAAGUUUGUCUGGUGAAUCAAAUUUGAGCUCUUCGGACAUUCAUGAAGGUGAGAUUUAUGUUGGAGUACCCCAACAUGGUCAUACAUUGGUUACAUCAGAUGGUGCAAUAAGUGCAGAGUCUACAGAAACAUGAUUCUAAAAUGGGGCUUGCCAUUUUCAGUUUCUUAUCCUAUUGGAUGUUAUUGUGGAAGGGAAUCACCUAUUUUGUGCUCACUGCUGGACUGUACAAAGAGCCAACCAAACCAAAGUAGCAAUUUUUUUAUAUAAACCGGUGGGAGAAACAAAAAUAUAUAUAAUGCAGCAGAAUAUGCUGCUUGUGAUAUGCUAUAGAUCAUUUGCAUCAGAAUUUUAGAAACCUGAGUGAUGCAUCUAUGAUUCUUGGUUCCUUUUCAAGAUUUUCUUAGUCCUUUUCUCUUCAGAAAGAAUGUUCUUGGUACAUUCAGUGCCAUCAAAUAGCUUUGGUUGCCUCUUCAAAAGGAAGGGAUAAAGAUUAAGCUUUCCUAAGUAAAUGCUUGCCUGAAAGCGAUCCUAUAGCUUUUUCACGAGAUUGAAUGUUUAAUCUCUAAUUAAAAGACAUUUAAUUACUAA